AUGUCAAUCCCAAAGACCCAUUACGUUUCUAUUGCAGAGGAAACCUCAGACUCUCCAGAUGUUAUCCAGUACAAGGAGGUCGAGGCCCCACAAAUCUCUGGACCUCAUGACAUCAUUAUCAAGAACCAGUACGCUGGUGUGAACUUUAUUGAGGUCUACUUCAGAAAAGGUAUCUACCCUGCUGAACUUCCUAUCAUCUUUGGUAGAGAGGCAUCUGGUACAGUUGCUGCAGUUGGAUCAAGCGUCAAAGACUUCAAGGAGGGAGACAAGGUGUUCUACUUGGCUCCAAAGACUUUCGCCCAAUACACCAAGGUUGUUCAUGACGAGAGCUAUCACUUCAUUCACAAGUUGCCAAGUGAUACCUCUGUGGACAAGUUGAAGUUGUUUGGUUCCAUUCUUGUCCAAGGCUUGACUGCAAUUACAUUUGCCAAUGAGGCUCAUCCAAUCAAGAAAGGUGACUUUAUUGCUGUGUGGGCUGCCGCUGGCGGUACUGGUCAAGCCUUUGUUCAGUAUGCUACUUCCUUGGGUGGCCGUGUGAUCGGUAUUGCCUCAACUGACGAGAAAUUGGAUCUUGUCAAGAAGUUGGGUGCUGAAUUCACUGUUAACUCGCUGAAGGGUGAUGUGGCCAAGGAAAUUAAGGAGAUCACUAAUGGUAAAGGUGCUGAUGCUGUCUUUGACGGUGUUGGAAAGGACGUCUUGGAUACCAAUCUUGACCUCCUUGCACGUAAAGGAACCUUCGUUUCCUUCGGCCACUCUUCUGGCUUCAUUCCACCAUUGGAUAUCGCUAAGUUGAGUCCAAAGAAUCUUAGAUUCCUUUCUCCAGUGAUCUUCAACUAUGUUCAAACCAAAGAGGAAUGGAACCAUUAUAUCGAGAUCUUGAUCGACCAAGUUAACUCUGACCGUCUCAAGUUCACUCUUGAGACUUACCCAUUGAAGGACUACGCCAAGGCCACCACUGCUUUGGAGGCCAGGAAGACCACCGGUAAGUUGGUGUUGGAAAUUCCCCAGUAA